AGGGGAGGUGAGGACCUUGGCAACUUGAAGUGAUGGAUCAUGUUGAAGUUGAAGUGAUGGAUCAUGGAGCUUAAAAUGGAGAGAGGAAGAAGUGAGGUGGGAGAGACUGAGAGCUAGAAAAAGAUCAGAGGGCUGAAAGUCUUGAAGAUUAAGGUAUAAUAUGAAAAUGCGAAUGAGCGUUGGAAGAUUAGCAUAUGAGGUUGUGGUCAAAAAGUAGGAGCAGCUGGGGAAAGAAGUUACAAAUGUCAAUUGCCAUGUGGCUAAAAGAGUGGAGAUGAAGAUCAUCGGAACUCAAGAAACUGAGUCUCUAGGGCCUCGGUAAGAUUAUCCAUGUAAACUUGAAAGUUGUCUGGGAUGAUAACAGAAUUCCGAAGGCUGAUCCAUAGGCCAGAAGCCUCAGUAACUGAGGGUGAGGGAAGUGGACAACGAGGAGGAAGAAGGGAGGUUACAGGCUGAUGGAAAGAGCCUCAGAGAGGCAGGGUUUGUAUCCUGUUGCGGAUGAGUGAAGCUGGAAGUAGCAUCAGAUUUUUCACAUUCAAAAUUAACAAAGCAAAAUAAGCCAAGAUGUCUGUUGAUCCGAUGACCUAUGAGGCCCAGUUCUUUGGCUUCACACCGCAAACGUGCAUGCUUAGGAUCUACAUUGCAUUUCAAGACUACCUAUUUGAAGUGAUGCAGGCUGUUGAACAGGUUAUUCUGAAGAAACUGGAUGGCAUCCCAGACUGUGCGAUUAGCCCAGUCCAGAUUCGUAAGUGCACGGAAAAGUUUCUUUGCUUCAUGAAAGGACGUUUUGAUAACCUUUUUGGCAAAAUGGAGCAGCUGUUUUUACAGUUGAUAUUGCGUAUUCCCCCAAAUGUCUUGCUUCCGGAAGAUAAAUCUCAGGAGACGCAUCCUUAUAGGGAGGAAGAAUUCCAGCUUCUCCAAAAAGAAAUUGAACAGUUACAGGAGAAGUAUAAGACUGAAUUAUGCACUAAGCAGGCCCUUCUUGCAGAAUUAGAAGAGCAAAAAAUUGUUCAGGCCAAACUCAAACAGACAUUAUCUUUGUUUGAUGAGCUUGAAAAUGUUGGCAGAGACCAUGGGACUAGUGAUUUUAGGGAGAGCUUGGUGUUCCUGGUCCAGAACUCCAGAAAACUACAGAAUAUUAGAGGCAAUGUGGAAAAGGAAGGCAAAAGACUGAAAAUAUCUUAAUGUCUAAAUAGUAAGAGGAGUUUGUCAGAAGGUAGAAUGAUAAGGGGUUUAUAUCAAUGACCAUUCUGAUCCUAGUGAACUGUGUACUUUUGGGGGGUCUUCUUUGUUCACUCUUCCUUGUAUUCCACAUCCUCCUCUUUUUUGGUCCAAUCUCCUGAAGCAUCUAUGCACUACCUUGGACUAAUCUUUGAAGCAUCUGUGCUUAGCAGCCCCUAACAGGUGGGAAGGGAUUCUUGGUUCAAUACUGACUCAUUUGGCGGCAUGACUGAAGAAGUAAAGCUUUCCCUGGCCAUUCAAAGGUAUUUGUAAAAGUUGUACCUUGGUCAUGAGUCCUCUGUAACCUUCAUCCUUUUGCCUUACUCUUUGGGUGAGACCAAGUGAGAAAAAAGUUAAGUGGCCAUCUUCUUUAACCAGCCACUGCACUGUGGGACAGCCAACACAGAUGGCUUGUUCUUGCCCAGUAACUUUUCUCACACGGGGACUUUAAUAACUCGUUGAAGGAGGCAAGGAGCAGACAAAACAAUUAUGACCCUUAGAAAGAAGAAAGAAGUUACUUUGUUUCUGAAAUAAAUCCUUUCCGUGACCAAGGCCUUGGUGAGGUUGAAGAGGUUACUGUCUUGGAGCCCAGCAAUGGAAGACAUGGACAAAAAGGACGCAGAUUUCACUGGCAAAGAAAAGGAAGCCUGGAACAUACCCAAGAGCAAAAUGUAUAUUAACUGACUAUUAGGUAUUUAUACCAUUUUUUUUCAUGCUUCAGUUAGUUUUGGAAUCUGCCUUGUACCUAAUAUUUAAUUAACUUAUUUAUUC